AUGGCAGCUAGGCAGCGCGACCCUCAACCCGCACCAUCCAGCGGGAUUCUUUCCAAUGUGUUCAGCUUCGUGACUCGCGAGAUCGAGUCGUUCGUGACGACGGCGAAGGGCGGGAGCAAUGUGCAGGUUCAGGCUCGGCCACAGCCGUCGACGUCGCGCGUCAAGCUCGAUGAUGCACCGGUAGUUGAGGAGAAUAAGGCUAGGCAGGAGGAGGGGAAGAGGAAGCGGGUGGCGAGGAAGGUUUCGGGUGGGGAGGGGGAUGGGGAGCGAAGCAGGCAGAGGGCGGAUUCGAGCGAGAGGGAUUCGAACACUGAGGUCCCUCCCAGGAGGCAUAUUCACAAGAAGAAAUCUGGGUCAACGAAGGGGACGUCUACACCGGCUACUGGUGGUGGAGGGUCUGGCGAAGGUUCAGGUUCCCGCCCUCCCUCCACUGCUCCUUCGCAAGCUGUUGGCGCGGUGGCGACGCUGUCCCCUGCGACCAUGCCUGGCUCGUUCUUCCCCCGCUCAGAGUCACUGAUGCCCGAUCCCAUGUCGGCGGAGAUGGCUCGCCGUGCGGGGGUCUUACCGCCCUCUCCCGGUCCUUCUGCUGAGACUCCAGCACCGUCGCAUCUCCCUACACCUCAGCCCGCCCGGAAAUCCAAUGAUAUCUCACGGAGGGGAUCGAAAAGUAGUCGAAGUGAUACAGGGGCUGAUUGUGAUGCUCGCCGGGAUGCGAAAGCCCCUUCCGUGGGCAGUGCCACCCCAGCCGACAGGAGAGCUGAUGAGACCCGGAAAACGAAGGCAAAAGGAUGGGACGAUUUGUCGACCGAGGAGGCCCUGAACAAUCUCGACGCGGAACUCUCUCGCAAGUCUAACAACCCUCCCACAAGGUCGAAACCCGUCGCAGCGAGGAGUAGCGGGAGGUCAUCGGUGGAAGGUGGCACAUCGAUGGUAGCGAAAUCUGCCAAGGCAAAAGGGAAGGAACGGGCGUGCGAUACCUCGGGAGAGGUCCGUGUCCGCGGGAAGGAGGAGGAGUUGCGUGCGGCACGCGAGGCGCACAUGCGUGUUGAGCCUGGACGGGACGAACAAGAGCAGGCGCGUGACAAGCAGAGAAUUAAGGUGCUCGAAGAAGAGAUCAUGAGGUUGAAGGCGCAGCUUGCACAGCGCAACGAUACGUCGAUGCAGCUGCCUCCGCCGCCGCCGCCUCCACCACCACCUUCAGCUCUCCAACUCGAUCCAGACGAUCCGAGCAUCAUGGCCAAUAGCUCGAAUUCGCUCCCGAUCUCCAAACGUGCCGACCUGUUCCUUGCUACCGCCCGUCAGAGUCUCCGACCUACCACACCACCUCGAGAGGCACCCAUCAACGACGUCACCGGACGAACACGGCGAUCGGGCCAUCCUACCGUGAAUAUCGCUGGUGACAAGAUGGCAACGUUCUUGAAGGAGGUGAGGACGGCCAAGCUGAGGAAAGUCAGUACGGGCACAUUUGACAAUGCCUCCAUGCCCCCGCCUCCGUUGGCUCUGAGCGGCCGCAGCACGGGCAUCAUCGAUGAGCGUGGUUAUGCGGUCGGUGAGAGGUCCUUUAGUGUGGUCGAGGCGAGGUUGGGAGAGAAGAGGAGGCGAGAUGCUGCGUUUGCGGGAGACGGGUCUCGUGCGGAAGGGCCGUCCAAGCGGCGGCUCACGACAUUUACACUGUCUGGUGCAGCGCCGGAGUCAUCUGCUGCGUCUUCGUCUUCGCAAGGUUCUUGCGACUCACAGUCGACUGAACCUGGUCCGUCGACAUCGACAUUGGCACUCCCUCCUAGUCUGAGACCAUGGCCGUCAUUGGCGCCGACAGAGACGGACGUCACAACUCCAUCACUGUGCUCGGACAAUGAGAAUGAACACGAACAUGACCACGAAGACAAGCUCCCACACACUCCGCCCCACUCUGCAGCGCACGAGUCACCAAGGUCAUCACCGCCGCACAAAGUAUCCGAUGGUAUGCCUCUUGACGAGCGUGCCGAACCUUCAUCUCCGUCGCCCCGAAUUGCACAACCCGAGCCUGAGCGGCCUCUUCCCGCCCUGAGGAGAAGAAGCAAAAAUGGUGGGCAAUCAGCGCCUUUUAUCGACCUUUCCGUGUGCCGGGCUCCUCAAUCGCCAAUUCCUCCGGGUCCGGUGCGUACCCGUCCGCUUAGGCGCAAUCGUCAACCUUCGCAGAAGCAGAAUCGAGAAGCGUCUGGCAGGGAGGACCCAAUUGCGACGUCGUCUGCGUCCCAGGCGUCUCAACGUGCCGUUCGUGCAUCCCAGAUACCUGUCCAUGCUGGCCAGGGAGCGAGAGCGAAGAGCCAAUCGCGGCCGCCAUCGAGGAGCGAUCGCGAUCCUGGGGCAUUUUUCUCGCAAGUUGGGUCGCAAUUGCAACCGGUUCCCGCCCAACCGUCCUGGGGAGCGUCGACGUCUUACAAUGCGGAGGGACCACGCACCCUGGACGAGGAGCUCCGUCAAGCAGACGGUGGUCUCUGGAGCAAUGAUACCGGCGGAGUAGUCCAAGAUGCUGAUGUGGAUAUGGAGAUUGAGACCGAUGAGCUGGUUGGCGUGGGUACGAGGAGCACGAAGCGCGGUUUCAUGAAGGGCGGCGGUGCUGCUGGCGCGCCAGUGUUCAUGGGCGUGGGGUACGUGCGAGGGGCUAUGGCUAGUGGAGACGAGGAGGGAUCGUACGUGCCGAGGCGGAACAGCCAGGCGGCGCAGAGGCGAUGA